AUGGGAAUCUACAAUAGCUCCUCAAUCAAAAAUCAACAGUCGAAAACGAUGCAGACUAUAAAAUGUGUGGUGGUUGGGGAUGGUGCAGUCGGAAAAACUUGCUUAUUGAUCUCCUACACGACAAACAAAUUCCCCUCUGAAUAUGUGCCAACGGUUUUUGACAACUAUGCCGUGACGGUGAUGAUCGGAGGAGAGCCCUACACACUUGGGCUUUUCGACACAGCAGGUCAAGAGGAUUACGACAGACUGCGGCCUCUGAGUUAUCCACAAACCGAUGUGUUCCUAGUGUGCUUCUCUGUUGUUUCACCAUCCUCUUUUGAAAAUGUCAGAGAAAAGUGGGUUCCAGAGAUAUCUCACCACUGCCCUCGGACACCGUUCCUUCUGGUGGGAACUCAAGUCGAUCUCAGGGAAGACAGCAAUACCAUUGAGAAACUGGCCAAGAACAAACAGCGCCCCCUAUAUCUGGAGAGUGGCGAAAAGCUGUCUCGAGACCUGCGGGCCGUUAAGUAUGUGGAAUGCUCUGCUCUCACACAGCGAGGGCUGAAGAAUGUGUUUGACGAGGCCAUUUUAGCCGCUUUGGAGCCACCUGAGACCAAACCCAAGAGGAAAUGCGUCCUGUUGUAG